AUGACUUAUUCUAUCUGGAACGACUUAUGCAAACAACCUGUUAUUACAGCUUCCACUGAGAAAUACACAAAGCUUGUCACCAAUGCAACUACACAAUUGAGGCAACCCAUUGACUCCAUCAUGACAACUCUGAAUGAACGGGCCAUGGGGUUGUCAAAGUGCGCCAACUUCGAUGCUGCUCUUCGCGAUGCUAAUGCUAUGCAACAGCUAGCACAUUCUUCAGCACUCGGCUACUUACGUGCAUCCAGCAUUUACAAUGAACAAGGGAAACGGCGUCAUGCUGUCGACAUCUGCCACAAGGGACUCAAUGUUGUUGAUAUAAAUGACCCACACUAUGCUAUGCUGCAGCGAGCCAAAGACGAUGCUGAACACUAUGAGAGCAAACGAUUUGACUUUAUCAUGCAACUGCCCGUUGAAAUUGUUAUCACAACCCUUAUCCCAAUGCUAGUGGAUGAUACGCCUUUGGCAUCAUUGAAACCAUGCCCGUAUUUGCACGUGUCCAAUCUAUGGCGUGAUUUUAUUCUUCAACAUUCCGAUGGAUUGUGUUUUGAGACCGGAUACCACGAAGAAGAAGAAGAUAUGGAAAAGCGAUCGCAAUUGAUGAGGUUUUGUCGUCACAUCAAGUCAUUACAUGUUCGGCGAUACUCCAAAGGGCUCUGGCUGUAUCACUUAUUGAGCAACAACGACUUCUGCUCUCUGCGGGAGUUAUGCGUUGAUGACUUUUACAGCGUCUAUAUCGACGACCUUGUUCCAUUAUUGUUAUCAAUCAGCAGCACGUUGACCAAGUUGACAAUUCACGAGGGAUGGCACGACAUGCUUUUCUUAGUCGACAUAUUAACGGCCUGCCCCAAUCUGGUUUCCCUUACCAUGUCGCAGUAUGAUGGUGAGGAUUUGGGCCAUCUUCCAAGCCCAACAUGGCCGAAUUUGCAAACGUUUUCCAUUGAAUAUUCAAACCACGAGCUCACUCGGGAGCAGAUAGUACGCCUCUGUCAGUGUUUCCCAUCACUCAAAAAGCUGCACCUAUACCCAUGUCCUGAUCUCGAAUCAGCACUGUUGAUCUCACGAUACUACUCAUUGUUGACAAGGAUGGAACUUGAGGUUUACAUGGGCCAUGUGGGCGUGACGUACAUGAAUGAAAACAAUGGAUCGCACCACCUGGCGAUGACGAAGCUGUCGGUCAUUAUCCAGGAUUGGGACGACGAAGACGAUGUAGUGGAUAUGGCUCCUAUUUUCAGACAACAUCAUGCGACGCUCGAGGUCAUUGAAUGGAACAUGGAGAUUGAAAGAGAUUACGAAGGCCUUCACCACCUGACAUUUCCAUGCCUCAAGAAACUCUCGCUAUGCACUUCUGGAUCGUGGAUACUACGCAAUGCGCCUAUAGUGGAAGAGUUGAAGAUGGCGACCAUAGCCAUAAAUGAGGACCCCGCAAUGCUGAAUACAAUACCACCCCGAUUGAAAAGGCUCGAGUUCAAGUUUGAUAAUGGACGCCAACUUGAGAACAAAGAGGCAAUUGUGCAGUAUCUCCGCCGCGUCUCGCAGCAAUCUUCACUUCAUGAGUUUGGUAUCCGUGUCGAUUUCUCGAACACCUUGGGAAGUAUUCCUGAUGCGAUCUGUGGUUUGAACACGCUACAACGUCUCAUGAUCGGUGCAAAUGAGGAUUGGAGCCCAUAUCAAAUGGAGCGAUUCUUCACCAGCCUUGUGAAUGGGUGCCCUUCUCUAUCGUGCCUUGAAAUCGAUUGCAUGAACGCGCCAUCGACGUAUUCCUUAGAUACCUUAAAGCGACUUGAACGCCUAAAGCAAUUUGCAUUUUCGAUCAAGGACACGGAUGGAUAUGACAGCUUUUGGCAUUCGCUUCGAACCUUUUCACAACUCAAGUGUAUACAAAUGUACCCUGCCAAUGCAGUCAACAAGGCGGUCAUUCGAGAUCUCAAGGCGCACAGACGUGACAUGAAGGUGAUUGUCGAUGGAAUAUUCAAGCGCUUUUGA